AUGCGCAUGGACGACCCAGUUCCUCAGUUCACACAUCUUGCGCGUGAGCUUUCCAAGCUCAAAAUAGCAUAUGUCCAUUUGGUGGAGUCCCGUGUUUCAGGUGCGGGUGAUAGUGCCGUGGCCGGUGGGUAUUCCGCCAAAGGUAUCGACGAGGCUCUCGAGGUCACCUAUGGGGAAUAUGAUGUGCUCGUUGCCAUCGGUCGUUAUUUUACCUCCAAUCCCGACCUGAUAUAUCGCGUCAAGAAGGGGAUUCCUUUGUGUCCUUAUGAGCGCGACCACCUCUACACUGCGAAGAGUCCGAGGGGCUUCAUCGACUAUCCUUUCUCGGCAGAAUGGGAAUGCUCGGAGGCUGAGGCAGAGCUGGCGGAAAAGGAUCACGUUCAAUCUUGA